AUGUCUCUCAAAGUUUCUGCCUCCGCGAUAUGGCUCCUGGCUUCCUUGGUAAGCGGAAAUGUUGCGCCUCGUUCUGCCACCAUCUCGUUCCAGGACAACAUCAUCGCUGAGGCUGGUGGCAUGCAUAACAUCCACAUCCAAUACAAUGUACCCUUGAGCGGAGAGCUCGCCAUCCACUACGGAGACUGCGGAGCCGUCACGGCCGAUGACUGCGAUCAUGCGCUGGGAUCUACACACGUUGGGAGCCAUCCAUUGGCGGCUAGACACAUCUCACAUCCAGCGCAGCGACCGGCAAGAUUCGUAUGGCUACCUUCACUUGAAACCACGAGUGGUGGCUGCUUGCACGCAUUUUCUGGGAACACUUUGGUCGGCAGGUCUUCGCCCGUGACCAUCUCAAGUAGAAAGCAGAAACGAUGGACUGCGGCUGCCGAUGUCAUGGACGCCGAGGGCCCUUGGUUCGAUGGCGUUGAAUACCUGCAAGAAAAGGAACCAACCGAAGUCUUUGUCGCCGCUACCAAGUCCAGGACAAUCGGCAUUCUUGGGGGAGGCAUGGGCGGACUGAUGACCGCGCAUAUCUUGGACAGCGUUGGUUUCCACAACUAUACCAUACUGGAGGCCAGCACUCGCAUCGGUGGAAGGGUACAUACCUCGUACUUGAACAACACUCGAAGCGAUGAGUAUCAGUACCAAGAGAUGGGUCCCAUGCGAUUUCCAGUCUCCAUCACCUACGAUGAUCCUGCGGAGACCCUCGAGAUUCAAGACCAUCGCCUGGUCUUCCAGCUCGCCGACUCUUUGAACGACCAAAACAAUCAUGAUCCUGCCUACAAAGUCAACUUCAUCCCAUGGAUACAGUCCUCUUCCAAUAACCCGAGGGCGUCACCCGCUACGAACGCUUCCUACUCGAACGCAACGGAGAUCGCUCUGGCGUCCACGGCAUAUGAAGACUGGCUCGACCUUGAUCGCGAGAAGUUUCGGUCCAUUGCGAGCAAUGUUUUCCGCGCACACAAAUGGGCUGUUGACAACGGCUACUUUCACUUUUCCGAAGCCGGCUACCUCAACUAUGCUCUUGGGAUCGACGCCAACAUCACAGAUCAAGUGGAUGAUAUCUCGGACUCGUCCCCAUCGUGGUCAUACGAUUCUGUAUACUUCUCCGCCACAGAGUGGCGCACUAUCGAUCAGGGUCUCUCCCGUCUCCCGGCUGCCUUUGGUCCUCAAGUGCUCAACCGGACAAUACUCAACGCCACAGUCGAUUCUCUCGACUGGGAUCCGACCGCGAAGAAGAUGACAAUUCACUACCGCAACACCACCGCGAAAUCCAUUCCAUUCCCUGCUUUAUCUGACCUCACCGUGGACAACACCAUCGUCGCCAUUCCAUUUCCAAAGCUACGUCUCGCCCGCCUGCCACCGUUCACUUCACUUCUCUCCCGCGCCAUCGAUCGACUUGGCUACGAACCGAGCUGCAAAGUCGCCCUCCACUACAGCUCUCGUUUCUGGGAACACUUGCCCGAGCCGAUCAUCGGCGGCUGCGGCUCAACUGACAUACCCGCUAUUGGAUCUGUCUGCUACCCCAGCUACGCCAUCAACUCCACCGGUCCAGGAGUCCUCCUUGGAUCGUACAUCUCUGGCGACCUCGCUCGUUCCGUCGGGACCUUGACUGCAGACGAGCAUGCCGCGUAUGUCCAGCGUGCGAUGGUGAAGAUCCAUGGCCCUGCUGCGGAAGAGGAAUACACGGGUAUCUACGACCGCAUCUGCUGGGAGCAGGUCGAAUUUCAAGGUGGCGCCUGGGCUUCGCCAAAGGUGGGCCAACAAGACCUGUACCUACCAAGCUAUUUCCGCACGGAGAUGGGUACGGUAGUGAUCGGCGAGCAUACUAGCUAUACGCAUGCCUGGAUCUUCAGUGCGUUGGAGUCUGCUGUGCGUGGGACGACGCAAUUGAUGCUGGACUUGGGCUUGGUCGAUGAGGCGAAGGCGAUUACGGAGAAGUGGAUGGCAAGGUGGAUGAGUAUGUGA